UGCCCGUUUGUCACCCAAUCGACUCUUGACGUCUUCUGUUUGUUUGUCCAGCGCAUCGGAUAUCGCCCUUUCCAAUCUUCGGCGUCCGACACAAAUUGUUUAUUGCUGGGUUUUCCAGCAUGUCCUCUCUUUGAUUUUCCUAUUUCCAUGUUUAGUAAAGGGACGUUGGUUUCCCUCUCGUCGACUUGUUCUUGCGUUUGUUGUCUCAGCGUUACAGCGUUGGUCGCCGCCGCCCAUAGACGUCAAUAGAUACCCAUACCCAGGUCAAAGACGGAAGGCCACAGAAACCCAUCUCGAUUUUCACCUCUCGCACAACAUCUACGAACCCUGAACCCUACAACGACGGGACACCACAAAACCACGACACUCACGGCACAAUGCGAGCUAUUUAUGCUGGAUCUCCCGUCUUCGUCGAGGUUACAUGACUUAGCAAAUCCCCACUCAGCGAUACAACAGCCAUCCAUCAUGAUGGCGAAGCACAAACGCGACAUGUCUGCGUUCAGCAUUCGAGAUGCGCCGCCAGCCCUGCGCUUCUCGCCCACCUCGCUGCGGAUGCGGCCACGAUCGCCGUCGAAAUCGCCCUGUCGACAACACACGCGCUCGCCGACCCGCUCGCGCAUAACAGAUGAUAUAUUUGAGGAUCUUUCUCCGGCGAGGAUUCUGGAACGCUUCACCUCUGCGAGCGGCGAGCUGGCAAAGAGCAUCGAAGCUUCGACCCCGGAUCAGAAACAAUUUGGGAUAAGGGCUGCGGUGGCUAGCAAGAAGAUUGAAGAAUGGGCAAACGAGGUUGGAGGUUGGCCGUGGCCUACUAUUGGGGCCGACGGAUUUGUGAUGCCAGAGAAAACGUAUGGGAUUUUUGGAGAUCUGAAGGAAGAUGAUAUGGGGUUGGAGGAGGAGGCUGAUACGAAGGAAUACUGGGGUAGCCUUCCUGCGCCCCUGGUCGAACUAUACUCCAAUCGGGUCUCGGAGAUUUUUGACGACAUGUUUGAUCUGGACAUUGAGGAGAUCAAGAACAAGGUUCUCGAUCUCGUUGCGACUGAUGCGCAACCAGCAACUGCGACUGGUGAACAUUCUCGUCCCACCACACCAGUGAAAUCUAAAUAUACCCGACUCGACACCUUCACUGGUAUGAUCACCCACACCGUCCUCGAUUCCCUGCCCAAGCUACACCGUUUGCGCCUGCUUCUCGAUGUCUGGAGCAUCCGCAUCGACAUUCUGCGUGACAUCCCUUCUACCCUUGAAUCCCUGCGAGACGCAGACACAAUGCUGCAAUCUGCGUGGGUGUCGCUUAAAGCUACAAACUCCAGCGGCGAAGAAAUGAUGCUCACACGCUCUGACUACGAAACUAUGCAGGUGGCGCUUGGUGAGACAAUCAGUGACACAGGGAAGAUGAUUGAUUCGAUGUUGGAUCGGCUUGAUGGGCGUGUUGAUACGGUGCCCGGGCCGUGGCUGGAUCAAAUGGAUGCCGUUGAGACGGAUUAUGGGAAUUGGGCUAUUGCAGCCGAGAGGAAAGUACAGGAGGGAGAGUGGGCAGUCAAGGCUGCCAAGAAGGCGGAGUUGGAGAAGUCUCUACAAAUGCUCCAAGAAUUGGCUGAUCAACAGGCGGCUAUGGCUGAUGUUGGGACUGGAGACGAAGUGGCCAUCGAAGAGGAGUGGGAGAAGGUACAAAUAGAACAAGUUGCUGUGUCUGAUCAUGGGUCUAUCCCUGCCACAACGGCGGAAAACAUACCGAUAUCCGACGACCAAGUUCAGGAGUUACCAAUAGGAAGCCUGGCAAUAUCUGACAAUGGCUCUGACUUUGGCAACCCACUGGCCAUGGAGUCACCCGCCACCAAUGCACCACAAUCGGAUGUACCAAACACACUACAAGCUUAUGCGGAGUCACCAGAGUCACGAAGCGACCGAGAUUUCAAUAUUCCUUGGGGUUUCGAUGGCCAAGAUGAUCGCUCUCCAACGGCCGGACGUGGUACGUAUAAGCGAGGCGAUGAGGCUGGAAGCCCUUCGCCGCCCGGUACAAGAGAGGAUGCGGGAGGCUUUUGGACACCGUCCAGAGCCAGUCUUGAACCCAGUGAGAGGUCAUUUCUCCUCGAACGAAGCCGAACGCCCUCCGUCAAGGGUCGAAACACUCCUCCCAGGCUGCCGUUGCCGUACCGAAUUCACACUGAGGGCUCUCGGCCCGGAUCGCCAGAAGCCAUCCAUUCCAUGGCAGCGUCUCCAUCACCGACAGGGAGCUCAAACCUCCGGCCUUUUAUUCUGGGCACUAGCGCCGUUGUUAGUUCACAGCCGCCGUCGCCAAUUAUCCCACGAGGCAGGAGCAGUCGAAACUCGGUCGCGCCUUCCGGCUGGGAUGUUGGAGACUCCCAAAGUGUGGGGUCAGGCAACCCAACAUCAAGACGUGAUUCUCAAACUUCACCCACAUCACCAAUAUUCCCUUCAUUCAGAGGGAGUCCCCUAUUCCCUGGCUCGCGCUCAUCAUCGAUCAGUCUUCGUCCAAGCACAAGCAAAAUAAGGUCACAAACACUAUUCGGCGACGAGGAAGAGCUUGCCUUGCUGGCAGCUGCGAGUGACCGCGCCGCUCAAAUGUUAAGUACCCCACCAGCUCGCACAGGUCAUACCGCAAAUGAGCGCAAGAGUUCGCCAAGGCCGCACAUCCCCACGUCAGAUCCAUUUACGGACGUCCCACAGCUGGUGCCCACGCCUACAACGCAGGCUGAGGCCCCGCUUACUCCUCCGCCAAUGGCCGCUUCAGAGUCUAUGCAUGCAAUCAUGUCACCAUCAAACCAACCUGCUCUUACGCGCCAAUUUUCCGACGAUGAAUGCCCGCCGAGUCCGUCAAAGAGAACUAUAUUGGACGAUGGGGGCACACCGCGUAGUCCCAAGAAGGGCAAGAAACCGCCCAAAGAGCGGAGGCUGUCUUUAUUAUCGAUGAGUGACGACGAUGAUGAGAACCCACGGAGCUCAGCAAAUAGACCAGCGUUACAACCAGGAUGGCCUGGACUACAAGAGAGUGCGCCAAAAUUUGAAAUGAGAAGCCCCUGGGCACGAAAUAAGAACUCUGAGUCGACGUCUUCUACCAGGAGGAAUUCUACAGCCAGCCUCGGCGAGAAAGACCCCCAAAAGAGGUCUGGUGCGCCCAGUACACCUCUGGAGAAAGCGUCUGCGUUUUCUGCCCAACGUGACGGGGCAGAUACCUCUCCUGAGCCACAAUCUACCCAUCAAACAGCUAAGGUUGUCAUCGACGAUGUUUUCGUCACUCAAGAGCAGGAUUAUAAAGAAAUUUCAGCCGCACCACAUACCCCCACAGAUCUGGAGCAUGCCACCUCUAAUCCAAAUCCGAAUACUCACGGAUCUGGGGCAUCGGUCAGCUUUAAAGCUAUAAUAACCCCAGUCGAGGAUGCAUGUGACGAUUGGCCUCGAUUUUCAGACUCAGAAAACCCCAUCAAGGUAUCACCACCAACAAGCGCCAGUAAUGAGGAGGAAAUUCCGCCCAUGGUCAAGGAAGAUUCCCUAAUGGACUAUCAAGUCGAUGGUGGCAGAUCCUAUGAUUUGGACAAUUCUCGCCAUGGGAGCGUCGUGUCAUUCGGUUCCAACGAUACUGUUUUCAAAGCCCAUAGCCGCGCAGAUUCCGCAGGCAAACUGCCCGUGCUCAAUAACAUCAUGACAUUUGAAUCGCCUCGCAUCGUUGAAGAUCUGGCUUCCGAUGACGGCUAUGAUUUAGACUUCUCGCCGUCCACGCGUCGGACAAUACUGUAUAGUAACGACAUCCGCCAGAGCAUUGAAGAAGAUUACAGCGAGCCAGGGACACCGGUUUUUUCGGUGCCGCCUAACCUCGAUUUCUAUGCCGCGGAGGACACAGAGUUAGAUGCGUCUGUCGCUGAGCCGUUAGUGUCGGUGGAUAAAUUGGCAUUGGAGGCUCCAAGUUUUACAAAUGUUGAUGUUGAUCUUCAAUAUUCACAAGCAAGCCCUACAAAAAUUUCCGACGAUCAGCUUCAACAACAAAUAAGCGAAAUUCUAGAGUCUAUUCCAGCAAAGAUCGAGCUGAGCAAUGCCCCGAUCCCUCCACAGAAGUCCCCCAUGAAGCCAAAGCACACCAUCAGGAAGCGCCCGUCCCGCCCGACUCUCAGCCCCGCAUCUCGACCAAGUUAUUCAAGAGCACCAACACCAUCUUUCACUCUUGCACCGGCCAAAACUCGGCUAUCCCGCCCACGGCAACAGGGCAAUUCCGACAUCCAACUCUACCAUUUGAUGCGGAGCACUGGCGACCCACCAAUUAAACUCUUUGUGCGUCUCGUGGGCGAGAGAGGCGAGCGCGUAAUGGUCCGCGUCGGCGGUGGUUGGGCUGAUCUUGGCGAAUAUCUGAAGGAAUACUCUAGCCAUCACGGGCGGCGCGCCGAGCGCUCUGGCGAAAUCCAAGUUGAGCUCCCAACCGACGCCAGGCCCCGCAUGGGUAGCAUUGGGAGCUUGAACCCCGCACCGGGUAUGCUGCGCACGGGCCCUAAUGGGAAUGUCUGGUCUAGCCCUGGAAGCCGCCCUGGAUCAUCGAUGGGCAGUCGUCCCGGUUCGAGCUUGCAGGUGCGCAAGCGUGGCGCGAGGGUCUCGGACGUGGCUGAUAGCAGGGAAAACUCUGUGCGCUCACCGUCUAUGCCGCUACCAUUCACGAGCACAACGCUACGGGCGAAUGCAGCUAGGGGACAGACGCCGCCGGCCCGCUCCGUCUCGCGCCAGGCUUGGAGCGUGGGGCCUGACGGCGAGGAGGUUCAUCUUGGGCCUUCGGGACCGAAGAAUAAGAAGGGAGAGAUGGACGAGGGACGCAAGAGGUGGGUCGACGGAGUUGUGGAGAAGGUGCGUCAGGUGAGCGUGGAGAGCAGUCAAGAAGGAUUCGGGGCGCUUGGACAGGUUGGAGGAACGAGGAGGGUGUUUCGAAAGGGCUGAUGGUUUGGGAGGGUAAUAAUGGGGCCGAGGGAUAGUUCCGGCACGUCGUAUCGAUGGUCAGCGUCAGUAUAGAAGACCUAGACGGAAACGGAAACGGACAGGCGAAGGAUUUUUUGGCAAGGCGGAGUCUGCAUUUGCUAUGUUUUGAGAUUAUACCCAUGAGCUUCUGAGAGCUGAAUUAAGAGAACCUUGCACUUUAACA